AUAUCCCAAAUCGGUUUCGACUUUGAGGGAGGUGAAGUGGAAGUUCUUCGGUGUUGGGAAGCCAUUUUAAUUAUAUGCAUGUCUAUUAUUAUCGUUCUAAGUUUGUUUCAUAUGAAAAAAAAUUAGGUAAAAGCCUGCCGGAGUGAAAAGUGAAGCUACGAGCUCGUUGGUCGAGGGGUUAUCGGUUAGUUCAAAAGGUGGCCAAAAAAAGAAAUGGUGUGAAUGAAUUAUAUUGACUUAGAACAAGUGUUCUAGCCGUGUAUUUGGAUUAAAUCGUAAUUAUUUAGUGCUUCGGAAAGAGCACCAAACGUACCUGAAGCCCUGGAAGGUUUAAAAGUCCAAACCAUGGGCAACAAUGCCGCUACGGCUAACAAAAAAGUUGACUCCGCCGAAAGUGUGAAAGAGUUUCUUGACCAGGCCAAGGAAGACUUUGAGGAAAAAUGGAAAAAGAACCCGACAAACACUGCAGCUCUUGACGAUUUUGACAGGAUAAAAACGCUAGGCACUGGAUCUUUUGGUCGAGUGAUGAUAGUACAACACAAACCAACAAAAGAAUAUUAUGCAAUGAAAAUACUUGAUAAGCAGAAGGUGGUAAAAUUGAAACAAGUGGAACAUACCCUGAAUGAAAAGAGAAUUCUUCAAGCAAUCAACUUUCCAUUCCUUGUAAGUCUCAGAUUUCAUUUUAAGGACAACUCAAAUUUAUACAUGGUGUUGGAAUAUGUACCAGGGGGUGAGAUGUUUUCCCAUUUAAGGAAAGUGGGACGAUUUUCGGAGCCCCAUUCUCGUUUUUACGCUGCUCAAAUAGUGCUAGCUUUUGAAUAUUUGCACUAUUUAGAUCUGAUUUAUCGAGAUCUGAAACCUGAGAAUCUUCUCAUUGACUCGCAGGGUUAUCUUAAAGUCACAGAUUUUGGGUUUGCUAAGAGGGUUAAGGGACGCACCUGGACGUUGUGUGGCACCCCCGAAUAUUUGGCACCUGAAAUUAUUCUCAGUAAAGGAUAUAACAAAGCAGUUGAUUGGUGGGCAUUGGGCGUUUUAGUGUACGAAAUGGCCGCCGGUUAUCCGCCCUUUUUUGCCGAUCAACCUAUACAAAUUUAUGAGAAAAUUGUAUCCGGAAAAGUCCGGUUUCCUUCGCACUUUGGCUCUGAUUUAAAAGACUUGCUUAGGAACUUAUUGCAAGUGGAUCUCACCAAACGAUAUGGCAACUUGAAGGCCGGUGUUAAUGAUAUAAAGGGGCACAAAUGGUUCGCCAGUACCGAUUGGAUUGCUGUAUUUCAGAAGAAAAUCGAGGCACCAUUCAUACCUCGUUGUAAGGGCCCCGGGGAUACUAGUAAUUUCGAUGAUUAUGAAGAGGAAGCUCUUCGUAUCUCCUCAACUGAGAAAUGUGCUAAGGAAUUUGCCGAGUUUUGAAUAUUUUCUUUUAUAGUGUAAGUAGCUCACUAUUUAUUUAGUAUAUACUUAAAAUAACGUGUUGAGUGAACUGUCCAAAAAGGCUCUUCCAGUUAUACUUUGAUUUACUAUUAAUAUCAUUUUGAAAGGAACCUGGGGCUCCCUGUUCAUCAGAAAGUACCACCUUACUUUUAUUUGUUUUUUCUUUUUCAUGUUGUUGUAGGAAACCCUUAUUUUAUUAAUUGGUGAUUACAUUUUCACUGUAUGUGUGACAUUUGUAUGCUUUUACCAAAAGGAACUGAUGUAGGCACCUACUUAUUGAAAAUAACUGAAAUAUACCCAAUAAGUACCUAUGUCAUAUCAGUCUGUUAAUUGCUUGAUUAAAACAAAAGUUGCCUUAUAAAAAUAUUCAUUUAUUUUAUCCAGUUGAUUUGUUUUUUUGAGACGAAACAAUCACGUGGGUCGAUUUAAGUAACUUUAUUAAAGUAAUUAAAACUUAUAACAAGCAGGAGAGCCCAGCUUGCAGCUGAUCAAAAAUGCGUACUUCGCAUUCAUUGCAAUAUCUGCAGUCUGUGGUGUUUUGAGUAGCUCACUAAAUCGGCAUCUUAAUCGUGUUGAUGCUAUAAUAUUACUGUAUAGUUGUGUUGUUGUCAAACAUUUUUUUCUUACAAGUUAAGGUCAAAAAUAUACAGGAGUAUUUUGAAUUGUUUGCUUUGUUUUUAAACUGUGCAAUAUACUUAUUGCUAUUCUGAAAUGUAAAUAUGGUUAAAGUAACCUAUUAGAUUAGAGAACCCUAGUCAACUUUGUUAUUAUUAAUUAUAAUGAAUUAUUAUUAUUAUUCUUAUUCUUAUAGAAUUACUGCGUACCAAAUAAAAUAUAUUUAACUUUAAAUGAAUGUUGCGAAUUCAUUUUUGACGACAUCAACACCGUUGAUGUGUUUAGUGACCUUCUUUUCUGAAAAUGCUUCAAAAGUAGAAUAUUAACUUCUGCACAAAUUGUAUAUUGUGCAACCGUUUUGUUUCCUUAACAAAUAAAAUUUUUAAUAAAGAAAAGUCAGUUGAGCAUUAAAACAUUAUUCUGUGUUGUAAGGUACACUGACAGGGUGUUCGGUUAUCAAUGAUUGGCGUUUUUUUGUUACAAACAAUAGCCAAUCUAAAAUAAAUUUGUUGAAAGUUGUUCUGUUAAAUACAUCAGACCCUACAAAUAAAUUUUUACAGAUUAUGUGUGACAGUUAUUGUAGUAUGGGUUCUUUUUUCUUAAUUUCGUUCAAUUUGCCAAUGCAAUGAUUAUAUUCAAAUGUGACUUAUAAAUGUAUUUGUAAGUAAUAAGCCAGUAUUGGUAAAAAAAGAACACCUGCGAAUUACCAUGGAAAAGGUAUUAUUUAUUCGUAGAUAUUUUCUUGCAACGUUUAUUUUUCAAAUGAUUUAAUUAAAAUUUGCACCUUAAAAGACUUACAAGGACUUCAUCGAAAAUCAGAAGUAGAAGAGACGUUCUUUAAAUUGUUUUGAUAGAACGUGGGACCAAAACUUUGAACUAUAUUAUUUGAAUUUAUAAACGUUUUUGCACUUUAAGCUUACUUUGUAUUUUGUCAAUAGUUAUUGUGGAAUACAGAAAAGAAGCAGAAAUGUUGCAAGAAACUGUCUUAAUCAAUAAAAACUUUAUUAAUGUUCAUAUAUAAUUGAUGUGUUUUUUGUAAACGAUGCUGUUAAAAUCUGCCGAUGUUUUUGUCAUUUUUUUAUUGAAAAAAAGUGAUGCCUGAACACCAAUAUUCUACAUUCUUCACAUGGUUACUGUCAUUCGAUAUAGAUAUUAUAAUAUAUUAAAAGGUGUAUCCUAUUUUUCAGUCGUUUUGGAAUUAGUUCGUUACGAAAUUUCGGGGGUUUUGACAAUUAAAAGCAUCUGUUGUUACUUGUAAAAAAAGAUAAAAUGUUCAUUAAAUUUGCGUAUGUAUAAUAAGCGGCAAUCUCGACUUGCGUAAUUUGGGUUGCCUAUGUAUGGACGGUUCAUUUUUAUUGAAUUCGAGUGUGCUUUUUCACAGCUUAUUUACAUGCGAAACAUUUAAAUUUAAACAAGAUUGCCUCCUAUGGGAUAUUUAAUACUAAUAUCACCCCAACGUAUAGAAUAGAAAAUAAUGAAAACAAAAGAAAAACUAGUAGCUUGAUCGUUACUUAAACUGUAUUUAUUCAUGUAGACGGAAUUAAUAAUAGUUAUUAUAUAAAUAUUUAUGUGCUUUUUAAGUUUCCAAGUGUACAUAGUUUUUUGUUUUGUCAGCCCCUUCCUAGGUAUAUUGGUACUUCAGAAUGUGCUAGCUAUUGUAAAUUUUUAGACCUAUUAUUCGUUUUUUGCUUUUGUAUUUUAGUUCAUGUCGAAGAAUGUAUUAAAAUAAUUAAAGUACUUAAAAAAGUA